AUGUAUCAUCCUAUGGUACUUCUACGCCGUCGUCGAGUUUACUACCUCUUCCCCAUCGUCUUCAUCUUGGUACUUCUUAGUCCUCCCUUCUGGCCAUCCGUAAGACAAUUCGGGGAUCGCGUGCGCCAAACUUUGCCUUUCGCCUACCAAUGGAAAGUCCAACAAGAUUUCGUACCUACGCAAAAUGAGCUCGACUGCUUACACGGCCUUACCCCUCGAUUGGCCACCGAUAGCGAUAAACGCAUAGAUCCCAUACCCAACCAUGUUCAUUUCAUAUACGGGCUCAGUAACCCUUAUAGCAAACCUAGCGCAGGUACCUUCGACUUUCUCUGCUACCUCGCCGUACGGAGUGCCAUUGUAGGCAUGAAAGCAGAGAAGAUCUCACUUCAUUACACGUAUCUUGCAGAUCCACCAUCGCCCGAACCCAAUGCAUCCCCUCUAUCGAAUCCAUGGAUACGUCUUUUAAAAGAUGAUAUCGACCUCGUCUACCAUUCACCCGAAGAGAUGAUGGCCCUCAAGAGCUCGCCCGACGCGACCUGGCACGCCGCACAUGUAUCCGACAUUCUCCGUCUAAAGCUCCUCCAAGAGCAGGGUGGUAUCUAUAUGGAUAUGGAUGCCUUCGGAUUCCGACCCUUUACCACUCUUUUAAAAUCGUCACGCGAUAUAAUACUGGGCCACGAGGGCGGAAAUCGUGGGGGCCUGUGUAAUGCCAUCAUGGUCGCUCGGAAGAACAGCUCGUUUAUAGCGAGAUGGCUUCGAGAGUAUAACGGAGCAGAUCUUUCUAAGGAGUGGAAUUACCACAGCGUUGUCCUUCCUAAAGAGUUGGAAUUGGAACAUCCAGACGAGGUCUGCACGUUAGCACCAAACGCUUUCUUCUGGCCAACUUGGACGUGGGACCAUAUCGAAUUCAUGCAUAAACAACUCAGCUCGGACGAGGCGCGUAAGUGGGCGGCGGAGAUAGACAGGAACGGCGGCAGUCUUUACGAGGAUCAGCUCGCCUACCACGCAUGGAGUCAGAUGGCCUGGGAGAGACAUCUCAGCAAGUUAACUCCCGAGGUCGUGAGAACACGCGAUACGAGAUUUAACAUCCUAGUUCGAGACUUUCUACAGGAUAAUCUAGCAGUCCACCAGAACUAG